AGGUGUUGUAUUUUCCAACCUACUUUAUCACAUUCAUCAUGAAGCUCAAUACUGUGUUAGGUAUUGCAACUCUCGCAGCCAUAGUUGCAGCCGACCCGGACUUCGGGUUGAGCAAAUGGAACCUUAACGACCUCAAGCAGUUCUUGAGAGACCGCAAGAUUGACGUCACUGACGACACCACUGGCGAGGAAUUGACCCAGUUGGCCAACAAGGAGUUCCACAAAUUGCAAAAUUACGACAAGGUGGCCGUGGACGUCAACGACAAGAGCCAGCAGCACAUUUUGCAGUUGGCCACGGAUCCCCACGCCAGCAUCAACACCGUGCUCCCCUACCACAACUGGGACUACCUCUUCCUGAGCCAGGAGUCGGGCCAGACUGUCAAGGACUGGAUCUUCGAUUCGUGGUCUUACAAUAGCUUGAAGGACUUCCUCAAGAAAAACAAGAUCAAGGUCAAGAAGAACACCUCCAAGCAAGACUUGGUGGACUUGGCCAAGCAGAAGUAUGAUGAAAUUGCUAAGAAAUACGAAGUCUCUGGCAACUACCCUGGCGACUGGCUCUACCAAAGCUGGAGCGUCGACGACCUCAAGUCGUGGUUGACCUCGUUUGACUUGUCUUUCGACGCCUCCGAAGCCAAGGAAAGCUUGUUGGAGAAAGUAAAGGAGAACAAUUACGUAGCCUCGUUGACUAGCUCCGACUCCAAGAAGUCUUUGUUGGACUCGUUGAACUUGUUUGACAAACCCAUUUUUGAGAGCUCGGGCCACAUCAAAAAGGACUUUUACGAAACCUGGACCUACUCGCAGUUGAGAGAAUGGCUCUACGUCCAUGGAAUCAUCGACACCAAGCCUGGGGUCUAUGUGGAAGAGCUUAACUCCGAAAAACUCAAGAAGUUGGUUCUGGCCAACGAAAAGUACUUGGUUCAAGACAUAAAGUCUUGGUUGGACGAGGCCAAGAAGUCUGCCAACCCCUUACUUGAGAAGGCACCCAAGGCCGCCAAAAACUCCUUUGAUAACAUCAUUAACAACACUUUCUUGGUCGGGAUUGAAAACUGGACCAAGGAGAAAUUGAGAGAGUUCCUCAAGGUCAGAGACGUCAAGGCCUCGCAGUUUUUGACCAAAAACCAGUUGAUUGAAUUGGUUAGAAAGCACAAGGACACCCCCGUUCUCCCCAAGGAAGCCUCCAACUCAUACUCGUGGUUGGUGGACAACUUAUCUACGGACAAGCUCAAGAACUGGUUGAGCGAACAGGGCCAGAAUGUGGAAGGAACCAGAGAAGACUUGGUCAGCGGAAUUUCCCAGUACCUUACCUCCACUUCUGCACCCAGAAACUCGUUCAAGUCACAAGUUAAGAACUAUAAGCCCGACUUGGACCAGUACAAGCAAUGGUUGAAGAAGAACAGAAAAGAAGCGGAAUCUUUGUCUGAAGAAGCCAUUUUGUCCACCUACAAGGUGGUCAACCAGUACUUUGACCUGGCCUCCGAAGUUCUUUCCAACAAGUACAAGGAUGCCCAGUACUCGGUGGACGACGCCUUGAACGAAGUGCAAAAGGCCUCGUACGAGUACUCGUUGGAGUUCUUGAACGACUACGAGAAAAACAAGGACUCGGUGAACGAAUACUUGGAAAGUUCCAAGAUCGCUGCCUCUGACUUCUCUACCAACGUUGCCAACGCCUUGGUCAAGAAGUACCAGUACACCAAGGACCAAGCAGAAGACGCCUUGAGUACCUCCCAGGAUCACUUCUUUGGCGUGGUGAACUACGUCCAGAACUUAUUCCACAAGAACAAGCCUGUGGUUGAAAAGUCGGCUGCUGAGGCCUACCAGGCAGGUACCGAUUAUGCCAACCAGGCAGGUGAGGCUGGCUCCCAAUACGCUUCCCAGGCCAGAGAACAUGCCCAAUCUGCCUACGAAGCUGGCUCCCAGUACGCUUCCCAGGCUGGUGACACUGCUCAAAGUGUGUACACUGAAGGUUCGAAGUACGCCUCUGAGGCCAGCAAGUCUGCCCAGAGUGCAUACGACGAGUACAAGCCCGUCGUUGAAUCUAAGGCUGAGGAAAUCAACCUGGCUGUUAGCGAAAACUACGAAAGUGCCACUCCUGUGAUCAAGAGCAAAUACUCGGAAGCCAGUGACGCUGCUGAGAGCGCCUACAAGGAGUACAAGCCUGUGGUAGAAGACAACGCCCAGGCUGCCUACGAAGCUGCCAAGGAGUACUCCAAUUUGGCAGGUGAAAAGGCCCAACAAGCCUAUGCUGAGUCCAAGCCUGUGGCACAACUGGCUUGGAACUACCUUGUGGACACCUACAACAAUGCAGACCUCAAGGCCUACUUACAAUCUUUUGGGUUCGAUCAUGACUGGUUGUCGGGAUUGAGCAGAUACCAGUUGGUCAGAUUGGCCAGAGAACAAUCUCAUUUGUUCUACGGUAACUCCAGAACCAAGUGGGACAAGUCCAUUGUGGAUGUGUUGAAGGACUCGGGGGAUGACUUGCAAAAGUUCUUGAGAAUCAAGCACGAGCCUACCUACUGGGAAAGAAUAACCGGAUUGUUUGCAUAGGUAUUCAGUAAUAAAUAGCGAUUAGUAGAGAUGUGUAUGUGAAGUGAGGAUGAAAAGAGAAAACUUGAAUUUAUU